AUGGCGUCUGCUUCAUCAGGAUCUUUUCACGAUUCUCCGGCCUCGACUGCCCCCUCAACAGCCUCUGAAUCCGACAUAACGACCACCACUACGGCGCCAGAAAAGCCACCAGAUGACACCUCAAAGCUUCGCAUGUUCUUGGGCAUUUUAAGGAAAUUCAUCGGCGUCGCGGACAUUGCGUCAGUACGAUUCUCCCUUCCAGCCCAGCUUUUGGAGCCUACGCCAAAUCUUGAAUAUUGGAACUACCUCGAUGCUCCUAAUACUUUUGUGGCAAUUGGAGACUCGGACGAUGAGUUGGAUAGAAUGCUGGAGGUUUUGAGAUUUUGGUUCACCAAGGACCUGAAGUACGUGAAGGGCAAGCCUUGUAAACCUUACAAUUCUACUCUGGGAGAGUUUUUCCGGUGUAAUUGGGUUGUUGAAGAUAGUCUGCCUCCUAUCGAAUCCAUCAAGGUGGCAUCAGCCUCCGGCAGCGCGGCUUCCUCGAUCAAAUCUGCGAAAGUAAAUCCUACCUCUUCGCGGCCAGCAUCCUCGAACGCUGCAUCGAAUCCUAAUUCCAAAUCUGGGGGGCCUGUCACAGUCUCUUACCUCACCGAGCAAACCUCACAUCAUCCUCCCGUAUCUGCUUUCUAUGUUGAUUGUCCGGAGAAGGGAAUCACCGCUCGAGGGUUCGAUCAAAUUUCCGCCAAAUUCACUGGGACCAGCGUUCGAGUCACCCCAGGAGAACACAAUUUGGGAAUUUUCAUUACAAUUGCAAGACGAAACAAUGAGCAGUAUCAACUUACCCAUCCAGCAGCCAAUUUAGGAGGGUUAUUGAGAGGUAGUUUGAACGUAACUGUCGGGGACAUAUGCUACGUCACCUGCCCACUAACCAAGAUCAAAACCAUCCUCCAUUACCAUGAAGAAGGAUGGCUAGGAAAGACACAGAACAAGGUUGAAGGUGUUAUCUUUCGAUACGAUCCCGAGAAUGAUAAUAAGACUAGAGUAAAGGACGUUCCAGACAAGGACGUUCUCGCCCGAAUAUCUGGAAACUGGAAAGACAAGCUUUAUUUCUCGCUUGGCCCUAAAUCGGAUACCCAGACCUUAUUGAUAGAUCUUUCCCCCCUCUCUGUAGCCCAGAAAGUACUUCCUCCUAUUGAAACCCAACUACCAAACGAAUCUUUGAAAUUCUGGUCAGGCGUCACAGAAGCUAUUACCACGAGGCAAUAUGCUCGGGCCACCAAUUUGAAGCAAGAACUGGAAGAGCGCCAGAGAGAAAAGGCAAAGGAACGAGAAGCAUCUGGCACCACAUGGCAACCAAGGUUUUUUACUGGCGCCGUCACGCCGUUGGGGAAACCAGAACUUACUCAGGAUGGCCGAGAGGUCCUUGAUGGGUUACAUCACGGUAAAUUUGAGCUCAAAGAGAACCAGGUACUUGGUGCGUAG